GGAAAUCUCAGUUCACUAGUCACAUACGACCCGUAGGAAUUGUAUAACGUUUGAUUACGAUACGUGGAGCACGCUCAAUGUCACAGUCAAUUUCAAAUAUGUUGCACCUGGUGAACCACGUUGAUAAUCACAAAGAAAACAACAUGGAGCACCUGAGGAACAAUAGUUCUGGUUCUUUGAUCACUGAAAGUGUCCGUGAAAGUCGUGUGCUCGUUCUUUAUACCGGCGGUACCAUCGGAAUGAUUAGAAAUGAAAACGGAGCUCUCGUACCUAAAGCGAACGCUUUCGUGAAAAAGCUACGAAAUUAUCCGCACAUGUACGACCGAGAAUACGCGGAAGCACGAUUCGGAUUGAUGGGACCAUUGGUACUUCCAAUGACCGCGACCGACAGCAGACGUGUUAUUUAUAACGUAUUGGAAUACUCGCCGCUCUGUGAUUCUAGUAACAUGACAAUGGACGAUUGGAUUCGUAUCGCUGAUGAUAUUAAGCUGGCUUAUGAACAUUUCGACGGAUUUGUCAUUCUACAUGGAACGGACACGUUAAGUUACACGGCGUCUGCCCUCUCUUUUAUGCUCGAAUCUUUGGGCAAGAUAGUUAUUUUAACCGGCUCCCAGGUCCCGAUUUUCGACAGCAGAAGUGACGGUUUGGACAACUUUCUGUCGUCGCUAAUAAUAGCCGCAAAUUACAACAUACCGGAAGUGUGCGUGUACUUCGGGACAAAUUUGAUGAGAGGGAACCGUACCUGCAAAGUAUCAGCCACAUCGUUCGAGGCGUUCGAUUCGCCGAAUUUUCCGCCAUUGGCCAAGGCCAAUAUCAAGAUAGAAGUGGAUUAUCGGGCAAUAUUUCGACCGUGCACGUUGGAAAAGUUUCACGUGCACACGUCCUUGAACAGGAAUGUCGGACUGCUGCGGAUAUUUCCAAGUAUGACGACACACUUGAUAAAGGCGUUUCUACAACCCCCGAUCGAAGGCGUUGUGCUGCAAUCCUACGGAGCGGGGAACGUGCCCAUGAAUCGGGAGGACAUAAUUAAAGAACUUUCCGCGGCCACGAAAUGCGGUAUCAUCGUUGUCAAUAUCACACAAUGCGCGACAGGCUGCGUUACGAAUACGUACGCCUCUGGGAAAUUGCUGGACGAUGCUGGUAUAAUAUCGGGGUUCGACAUGACGCCUGAAGCAGCGCUGACCAAACUCGCUUACGUGUUAUCGAAGACAGAGUGGGAUUUACAAACGAAGCUCGAAAUGAUGCAGACGAAUCUCCGCGGGGAAUUAACCGCGGGACGACCGCCGCGUCACGAGGAUCUGGAUCUCGUCGAGGCGGUUGCAAGAUCUCUCAGGCUCUCCUCGACCGCUGAACGUCAGGAAUUAGGAUCGAUUCUUUUCCCUGCGAUGUUAAACGCCGCGGUGCUGAGCCGCGAUAUCGUGAAACUCGAGGUCUUGAAGGGAUACGGCGCGGACAUAUCGCAACAAAAUGCAGAUGGUCGUACGGCAAUGCACAUCGCUUGCUGCGAGGGUGACUUAAAUAUCGUUCGCUGUCUUUUACGAAUGGGCGCCAAUGUUCACAUUAAAGAUCGAUUCAAUCGUACACCUCUCAUCGACGCGAUAGAGUUCGAUCAUCACGAGGUCAUUAAGAUUCUGAUGCAGUGCGGGGCGCAUUUGCACGGAAGCGCGUACGCGAUUGGGGAGAAAAUGUGCGCGGCGGCAGCUGUUGGGAACCUGAAGCGUUUGAAAUCGUACAAAUUGGCGAACGCUGACCUUUCGCAGAAGGACUUUUCUGGCAGGACGCCGUUGCAUUUCGCCGCGCUGCACAACAAGACGCAGGUCCUCGAGUUUUUGUUGGACCAAAACGUGGAGACGGGAUGCCUCGACAAGACUAGUCAAUCGCCGCACGAUCUUGCGAAAGUGUCGGGCGCCGCAGAUGCAGCGAAUAUUCUGUCAUCGGCCAGUUGCCCGAACUCUACGCUAAUUACAGAGGAAACUUCGAGAUGAAAGUGAAACAGUCUGUCAGCCACCCCCCCCCCCCCCCGUAGUCACAAUAGCGCAAUUUUAUCCGAGAAAUCGCAUGAACAGAAUGAAAAUAAAACCUGCGUACCUGUGUGUGUGUAUGUGCGUGUGUGUUAAGCGCAACAAUCUAGAAAUGGACAUCUUUAUUCUUGUAUUGUAUUCUCGUUCUAGUUGGAAUAAUAUGAUUGCGGCAGACCACGUAAAUACGUUAAUUUGUCGCAGAACAGUCGUUAGGCAUUUCAUACAAUAGUCGACGAAAAGUGAAAGUCUAAAGUGACGGUGAUUAUGUCUGGAAUCAUGAAGCGUGUGCACGUGGAGAUAUUUCAUACGACGCGAGUCAGAAUAAUAACAUAUAUCCUUGGGCAACGGUAGGGUGUUUAGAGUUUUAAAGUGUGAAGGAGAAAAC